AUAUACAUAUAUAUAUAUAUAUAUUUGUUUUCAAUAACAAUAAUAGGGUCUAUAAAGGUACUGACCAAUAGAAUGAGGUAAUUAAAUUGCCGCAUAUAUUAGAAUAUAAUUUAAUUGAGAGAAUUUUAAUCGUCGUGUCUUUUUCAACCUCGUGAUAACGGCGAAACAUGUUAAAAUCGAUACAACGGAAAAAAUAUCUCGAUAAGACUUCGAUAGAUAGUCCGUUUCGGUUAAGGAACGGUUCGAUAGUUGUGUUACCUGCAUUUCGCGUUAAGUGCAUCCAUGGAGAGCUACGAUGCGAUGUUAAGGGAAUGAAAUGUUAAUCUGGACGAAAGAGGAUUAUCUGCAUUUCAUUUGUGAAAAGAAUGAACAUCGUUUCUCGAAACGCAAUAUGAUCUAUUACACGUAAUGUUCGAUCAAAGGAAUAAUUAAUCUCGUUCGCUCGUAGAUCAAGAGAGGCGAGAACAUGUAAAUGCAUUUGCCAGAAGUUUAGUAUUUUCUCGUAAACAACUGAUAAUCUUUCGUAGGAUAAACGAAAGUUGACAACGUUCUGAAAAAGAAACGCACAGAAAUAAAACGACGGUAUACUUUACGACGAUGUGAAAUUCUUAUCAUAUUUUCCCAUUGAUAGUGUAGCAUGGAAAUUUAUCAAGAUGCGAAUAGUUAUCUAUUCGUUGACGUACCCAGUACAACAAUCGUGUUCUCCAUCGCCUUCGAUUUCUAUUUUACAAUCUUAAAUAUGUGAUUAACUGAUACGUAUAUAGCGUAUUAUGUAUAUUCAGAGCACAGAAAACGAUCCAAUUUAAUAAUCUAUUGAUGCCAUUGUUGAUAGAAGCAUUUAGUGUUUUAUGCCUUUUGCACAUUAUGUUUACUGAGUUUGCUAGAUCAAGGUAAACAAGUCAUAAGGAAAUCAUAUAUCGUAUAAUUUCAAAAGGAUUCAAUCUUUCUAGUAUAAACAAUGUAGACUGUUAACAAACUUUUCUCCAAUGUUUUUAAAAUUAUGCUUUUUCUACAACUGAACACAGUUAUCUGAUUAAUAACAAUGAACGACAUGAAUGUAACAAGCAUCACGAAUAUUGUAACGUCUACGACAUUACUUGAUAAUGUCAGAAAUUAUACCACCACUAUGGAGAACAACGGUUCCGAUGAAUCGUCUGAACCAUAUUUGUAUUCUACCGAAGAAACUGGGAAUAAUCAACAGUUAUGGAAUAUUUCUAAAACCACAACAUCAUUGCCUAAUAACACUUUAGUUUCGUUUGAAACUUCAAGCACCAGUAUAUAUGUGUCUACAACAGAAGCUUUCGAUGAAUUUGGCCCACCGGAAGGAAUAGAAUACAUUUUCGUACCACUGGGUGUAGUGGUCUUUGUUAUUGUAUUAUCAGCUGUGGUAUGGGUGAUAAUUAUAUCAAGGAAAAGGAAAUUAGAGCGCUUAAGGCACAGACUUAUGCCAAUGUACAAUUUUGAUCCUGGCGAAGAAGAAGAAGAUGACUGGGAAACCGAAUUGUUGGAAGAGUGUUACAAUAAUCAUCAAAGACGUCAAGGAUACCAGUCUAUGGACACAGAAGAAAAUGCUGAACUUUUUGGAAAUCAUUGAUAAAUACAGAAAUAGUCCUUUAAAAUCUUUGUACUCUCUACAAUUUGACAUAGAUUAAAAAUUAUAGUAUUUAUUAGAUUUAUAUAUUUCCUUAAUGUUUGAAUAGGUUGUAUAUAUAUGUAUUGCAAUUCAAAACAAAAUUAAAAUUCACACACUUUAUAUACAACAAGAUUUUUCAAAUCAUAUUUGAACAUUAAAAUAUUAACUUUUGAUAAUUAAAUCAUGAAGCAAUAGCAUAAUUUACAUCUUUCUUGCAAUGUGACAACCAUAAACAGAAUUUAUACUGUGAACAAAUCAAUCAUGAGGAAAAAAGAUGACUGAAACUUUACUUUAUCAUUAGCAUUCAUUGUACUGUUUAUGACAACAUUUUUUAUAAGUGUCAAACUUUGGUUCUCUUCCGAAACGUUAUUUAUGUAUAUUUUUUUUUUCAUCUCC